GACGGCUUGUUUACGUUUGUUGUUGGUCAGCCUGGCAUCCGCUGAUGCAGCUCUCCUUAAUUGUUGACUUGAUGACGCCCAGGCUGUGGUAAUAUAAUUAUCACCUAAGCUGACGCCUGAGUAGAGGUAAUGCGAUCAUCGCCAGUGCUGACACUGUGAUGCCACUCUCCUUCCAGACGCCCUGGCUGUCUUAAUACAAUUAUCACCAGUGUUGACACCCUAAUAGAGGUAAUCCGAUCAUCGCCAGUGCUGAUACAGGCAGGUGCACUCCUUCCUAACACAUAAGCUGUUAUAAUACUGUACAAUUAUCACCAGUGUUGAUGCCCAAGUAGAGGUAGUACGAUCAUCGCCAGUGCUGACACUGGCGCCUCUACUUAAUUAAUGACUUACUGAUAUACAGUACAGGUUGUGGGUAAUACACCAUCAGUGCUGAAUGUACUACUUCUGGCGGAGAACACACACAUUAAUUACACACUGUUCUCAAGGGCUGGGCAUCGCACCCAUUUGUGUUACUGACUUUCAGCCAUAUUGACUACAUUGUUGUGCUUUGCAGUUUUGAAAACUUAACAUGUCUGAACGUAAAGUUCUCAAUAAAUACUAUCCCCCAGACUUUGAUCCUUCAAAGAUUCCUAGGGCAAGAUGUCCUAGGAAUCGUCAGUUUACUGUUAGGUUAAUGGUUCCUUGCAAUAUCAAGUGCUAUACUUGUGGGGAGUAUAUUGCCAAAGGAAAAAAAUUUAAUGCAAGGAAAGAGGAUGUAGAAAACAUGACAUACCUUGGAGUUCGAAUUUACCGGUUUUACAUAAAGUGUCCGGGAUGUCUUGCUGAGAUUUCCUUUAGAACAGAUCCAGAGAGCACAGAUUACGUUAUUGAAGCUGGUGCUCAUCGCAAUUUCCAAGCAUUAAAGUUGGCAGAAGAACAGGCAGCGAGAGAGGAGCGUGAAGCAAAAGAAGAAAUAGAAUCAAAUCCAAUGUUACUUUUAGAAAACCGCACUCAACAGUCGCAGUAUGAAAUGGAAGUAUUAGAAUCACUUGAAGACCUACGUGAAAUGAAUGAUAGGCAUGCAGGCAUUGAUCUUGGAAAGAUUGCAGAAAAGUUUGAAACUGAAAGAAAGAUGACUCAAGAACAAAUUGAGGAAGUUGAACGACUAGCAGCUCUUCAAGCCCUUGGCUAUGAAUUGGUAGAAGGACAGAUGAUAAAGAGAAUUCUACCAGAAGAAGAUGAGCAUGAAAAAUUCAAGAAAAAAAUAAAAAUAGCAAAAGAGUCAAAAGAUUCACAAAUACCUAAUUUAUUGUUGAACAAUGUAAAUAAAGUAAGGAAAACUAGCAUGAAAUUUAGGUUAUCAGGAAUUAUUAAAACUAAAGUACCACAAGAAAUCCCCAAGACAAGCACCAACGCAGUGCAAGAUCAGCUGAUACUAGACAUGCCUCAAACAUCCACAUCAUCUGACCCAAAAGAAGAAAAGAGUAGCCUACUGAACAAAACAAAAAUUACACCAUUAUCAAAAGAAUCAGCUGAAGGUAUUUUUUCUACCAGAUCUUCAGCAGCAAACCUUGUUUUGAAGUCUGGAUCCCCAGGGCUUGGUGGACUUUCAUUCCUUGGAGUGUAUUCUGAUUCUGAAAGUGAUGAGAAUGAUAAUAGCUAAUUGACAGUGUUCAUCUUAAUGGUCAGUUUAUACUUGAAUUGAUCAUUAACAUUAUAUAUUACUCUUCUCAUUAUCUUAGUGGGGAAAACUAUUUUAGGACAUAAAAGUUAAGCCUUAAA